UCCUACUCGCGUCAUCAGCUUGGAUGUUCGUAUCACCCCUCGCCAAAUGCGCUACUCUAAAAAAAUUGUAUCCUCACUUUGGAUCACACACUAAAUAACGUGGUCGCAAAGUUAUCUGUUUGUGUUUGAUCGGCAUAUUUUUACUCAUCAAUCGUCUCGGACGUGAAUAGAGUCGAAGACUUGAGGAAAAAUAUGUACACGUGGCGCAAAAUGAAUUAAUAAAUCACAUAUCCGAACUGUACGAUACGAGUGAGUGUAUACGAGUGAGAAAAAGAUCAAAAUGACGACAAGGUCGAAGGAAAAAGUCGUCGCGGCUUUUCGCAAACUGUUUCGUCCAUCGGAAAAAAUCGGUGAACAAGAUGUUGCAGGUAGCAGUUCGACGAGCUCGCCAUCGAGGCGAUUACUGAGCCGUCAUCAUCGUCCCGAUGCGGUAACUCCUUCCGAAGCCGCUUUACCCGAAAACCCUGGCGCUAGUCAUACGGUCAGUAAUUUCUUCAAAUCGAAGAAAUCGAACGGCAAUUGUUCUCAGAUGAUUGGAAUCCCGGAGAGAGGUGUAAGGCUGCGUCGACUAAUGAAAGAACUCAGUGAAAUUCAGAGAACUCAGCAUCGUCCGGAAUCAACAUUCACAGCUGAACUUGUAGCAGACAAUCUUUAUGAAUGGCACAUACGUUUGCACAAAAUUGACCCGGAAAGCGAGCUUGCAGCUGAUAUGAUAGAAUUGGAAAUUCCGCAUAUACUUUUGCAUCUGAUAUUUCCAGAAACGUUUCCCUUUGCACCUCCUUUCAUGAGAGUUGUCUCACCAAGAAUCGAGAAAGGUUUUGUUAUGGAAGGAGGAGCUAUUUGUAUGGAGUUGUUGACACCUCGAGGAUGGGCCAGUGCUUACACCAUUGAAGCGGUUGUCAUGCAAUUUGCAGCCAGCAUCGUUAAGGGCAAGGGAAGAGUGGCAAGAAAACCAAAGAACAACAAAGAUUUCGACCGAAAAUCGGCAGAAGAAUCUUUCAGGAACCUCGUGAAAACGCACGAAAAAUACGGCUGGGUAACACGACCUUUGGCGGAGGGUUGAUGGACGUCAUGCUCAGAAAACUUUAUUUUCCCAGACUAACCAUUGUCGUUGAAAUGGUUCAAACAAAAAAUAUCUUCCUUUAUUUACAACAAAACGCAGAAAAUCUGUCCGGUUUUUCUUACCGGGGAAACAAAAACAUCAUUUUUAUUGUUCGCCAAGAUGAAAAACCAUACAUGUGUAAUGAUAAGAUAAUGAUACACGGAACAUUCCGCGAGGUAACGUGCGCAGGGCCUAUCGAUAAUUCUAGCAAAUGACCUCAUGCUAAUUUUGGGGAAAAUCUCGUUUCCGAGCUAUUCACUAUCUUCUAUAUUAUCUCAUUGAACUGGAUCUAGUCCAGUUUCUAUUCUUAUUUUUCCGAAAUAUACGCACACCGCGAGAGUCAGAGAUAAUAUUUUUAAUGUUAGCAAACGCGAUAACGCUUGAUAAAUCAAUAUUUUCAACCGUUUAUUAUCGUCCAUCGAUUUGACGAUAAGAAAAAGUGAUAAGAGAUGUAGAACUAUGGUAAUCGAGGUGUGGAAUAAUUCGACAUCAAAACAUUUUUCGUUAUUUUUUUGUUUUUUAUUUUAUUUUAUUUUUUCAUGACAGAUAGUCAUAUAUGUGUGUUGAGUCAGCGAAAUCAGACGGUGCUAUAUUGUAUACGGCAAUGCAAUUGAUUCUGAUUACGUGCGUUCUAGCGAAUCGAUCAAAUUUUCAAAAUAUCUAAACACUCGAAAAUGUCAUGUGGCCAGGUGGAGAAAAAAAAUCAGAGUUCAUAAUCUUACUGUAAUUUAGAGACAAAUUAUGGAAACAACGAGCUUGCACGUGCAUCAACACCGCGAAGGCACCUUGAAAUUUAUUCAUUAUCGCGAUUCGGUACCACGAUUAUUUUUUUUUUUUUGCUUCUACAGUCAAGACUGUGCGUGGUUGGGAGUGGAGAAUGAUACAAAUAACUUGAAAAAUAAUUCCACUAUAUAAUACUACGCGAUAUUCCAUCGAUGGAGAGAAAAACCAAAACAUAUACAAUUAUCGAUACAAUUAUUGUCUUUCAAUCAAAAUAAUGAAGAAUUAUUGUCUUUUUGCUAGUCAUAUGAAAUUCCAAAAUAUAAGUGGGUAUUAUUAUACUGUAUGUGCCAAAUAAAUAAUUAUUAUCGCCCCAGAGUCGAUAUAAUGAAAAGUA